AUAUUCUGCCCUCCACCCAACCUCCACCUUCCACCGAAUACCUCCACCACGCAUUAAUUGUAAAUCAAUUCACGGGUUGUUUACUUUACAACAAUGGAUUCCUUUCUAAAUAUUUGAGUUGUGCCUUGGUGCCCUUCUCCGCUUUUCUCGAGUAAUGGGGUCACUUUCGGGGGGUAUAUAAGGGGGUAACUUGGAUUCCUUUCUAGCUUGAAUUUUAUUCUUUCCUUAGCUAUUACUCCAAAAAUGGUUGCUAAUCCCUCUUUAGUGCUUAAGAAAAUUGACGAAAUCGUCUUUGAAAAUCAAGAAGCCCCAACAAUCACCGAACCCACCGAUGUGAUUGUCCAAGUCAAGAAAACUGGGAUCUGCGGUUCCGACAUUCAUUUCUACCAGCAUGGUAAAAUCGGAAACUACAUCCUUACCAAACCAAUGGUAUUAGGUCAUGAAUCUGCUGGUGUUGUUACUGAAGUCGGUCCUGGAGUGAAAUACCUCCGUGUGGGUGAUAACGUUGCCAUUGAACCUGGUGUGCCUUCAAGAUUCUCAGAUGCGUACAAGAGUGGGAGGUAUAAUUUAUGUCCUCACAUGCGAUUCGCUGCUACCCCUAGUACAAAAGAUGAACCUAAUCCACCAGGAACUUUGUGUAAAUAUUUCAAAUCUCCUGAAGAUUUCUUGGUGAAAUUACCUGAUCAUGUAUCGCUUGAAUUGGGUGCGAUGGUUGAGCCAUUAUCUGUUGGUGUCCAUGCAUGUAAGAUAGGUAAGGUUAAAUUUGGAGAUACAGUUGCUGUCUUCGGAGCUGGUCCAGUUGGACUCCUUACUGCUGCUACUGCCAAGACAUUUGGAGCUGCAAAAGUUAUCAUCAUCGACGUGUUUGAUAACAAGUUGCAAAUGGCUAAAGAUAUCGGUGUGGUUACGCAUACUUUUAACUCCAAAACCGAUGGUGAUUACAAUGACUUGAUUAAACACUUUGGUGGUCAGCCAAACGUAGUUUUGGAAUGUACUGGUGCUGAUCCAUGUGUAGGCAUGGGUGUUAAUAUUUGUGCUCCAGGUGGAACAUUUAUUCAAGUUGGGAAUGCAGCUGCACCAGUCAAGUUCCCAAUCACGCAAUUUGCCAUGAAGGAAUUAACCUUGUAUGGGUCAUUUAGAUAUGGAUUUGGUGAUUAUCAAGAUGCAGUUAAUAUAUUUGAUGCCAAUUACAAGAAUGGUAAGGAUAAGGCUCCUAUUGAUUUUGAACGGUUGAUUACUCAUAGAUUUAAGUUUGAUGAUGCCAUUAAGGCCUAUGAUUUGGUCAGAUCUGGGUGUGGUGCUGUCAAGUGUUUAAUUGAUGGACCAGAGUAGAUAUUAUUUAGAGUUAAUACAUGUUCAAGCUAUUGUGUCAGAGU